AUCUUGCUGGGAAUCCCCAGCCGUUUAUUCAUUGACAUGAAAACGAAAGUGUAUCUUAACCUGUAAACUGAGGGUAAAACUCGGUAGCAUUUCUGUGUUGCACUUGGAGGAAUAUGUGACAUUUAUGUUUCCUCCCUGUAGCUCGACAUAGCUUCAUUUCGAAGUGCACUUCCGCGUUGUGUCGAACGGCUUAAAAUCGUAUUAUUACGCAGUGUGUAAUAUGUACAUGUGUUUUACAGACUAGUUAGCGUUGUGGGGCGCUGCUUGUGUAUGUACAUUUAUUGUGGGCUUGUCCCGGGCAUGAAGCGGAAAAGAGACGCUAUGGGAGCAACUCUUAGCAAAGAACCACCCGUGCGAAUGGCUCGGCCUUCAGACGAAAUAGCGUCAACCUCGUCUUCAGACGGAUAUAUGUUCCCCCUUCCACUGGAUAUCGUGGAGGAGAUCUUCCUAAAUCUCCCUCCCGUUGAGGUGGUGCGUACAUGUCGGUUGGUGUGCUCCCAAUGGAAAGAAGUGGCUGACAGUGAAUCUCUGUGGAAGGAGCGGUGUCGAAGAGAAGGGUAUCGCCCCCGUGAUGCGUCCAGCAUAUCCAAGGACUGGAGGUUGUUUUUCUUCCUGUGCAAGCAGAGGAGGAAUCUAAUCAAGAAUCCUAGAGCAGAAUACAAAAUGCAGGGUUGGCAUUUACUGGAGAACGGUGGAGAUAAGUGGAAAGUAGAAGGAGUUAUGGCUCCACAUCCAAAUGAGGCGGUUCAGAAAAACUUUGUGACCUCUUAUGUAAUGUGCAAGAAGACCCAGCUGAUUAAUUUAACAAAGGAAGGUUACAACCCAUCGUUUAUGGAUCACUUCCAGCCAGACAUCAGAAUUUCUGAUUGGUAUGCACCCCGAUUUGACUGUGGCUGUGAGUAUGACAUCUGUGUUGAGUUGUUGAAUCAAAAUAAGAGGCCGAUCCAGACCUUUGAUCCCGAGACUAUUUACUUUGAGCAGUGGAGCGAUAAGCAAUGGAAUCAGAUCACACAUGUUUUCCGCAACUACGGCCCAGGUGUGAGAUACAUCCGUUUUACCCACGGAGGGAAGGACACUCAGUUCUGGGCAGGAUGGUAUGGAAUUCGUGUUACUGACAGCUGUGUUGAGAUAUGUCCAGCAGAGGAUAGAUAGCUUCUUGGGCACCGUCUGAUACCAACUGCCUGCCUUUACCUGGAACUGCCUCAGGUCAUAUUUGCCUUAUAUGAUGUAUAGUCAUUUUACAUAUUCAUGGGAUGAUGGAACAGCUAUGAUAAAACCUCCCAGUGGAGCAGCAGCAUAUGAAGUUAAAUUUAGUCGUUUCAGUUCCAAGACCAAAGGGCCAUCACGUAAUCCCUGAGAACAGGUCUUCCAUGGCAUAUGAUUAUGAAACGAGCAGCUUUGAAGGAGGACAGGUUGGCUAUGAUGUGUUUGCUUCACAGAGAUCUCAGCUGUUAUCAUUGUGUGGAAAUCUGAACUUUAACACAACAAUGUUUAAAUGUACCUUUAAGUUCAAAUGUGAUGCUCUCUAAUGCUAUUGUAAUGUAAACCCUUCAGAAAUAAGUAAGCCAUGAUAACAGAAAAUGUUUUUUUGCACUGCUCUGUAAUGUCAGUUGUUAAAAAUGUAUUGUGUAAAUCAGAUGUAUACUUUGACUGUACUUUUCCGAUACUUGUCCCGGUUUUCUGUCAAAAAUAGUUAUUACUAGCUAAUAAACUAUGUAUUCACAACAGACAA